CUUUCUUUCGUACCGUCACUCAUCGUGCACGCACUCCGUUCAUUUUCAUGGACCAGCCGGAGAAUCUGACAGAGAGUGCCUUCGCAUUGUUGGAGACUAUAAAGAAUGUGAUCAAGAAAAAGGACGAGGAGAUCGAGGGUAAACAGACCGUGAUUGCUGUGAGCAUACAUCACUGAUCCUUGAAAUCCCAUUCGCGAUUCACUUCCGCUAGCAGGAAUUGAAGCAACAGUAUGACAAUUUGCUAUCCGAGAAUCAAACUCUCAAGUUCAAAAUGGAGGAAUUCCAUCAAGAAUCCACAGCGAAAGACCUCAAACACAGGAACGAUAUCCAGUCCCUUAUCGAUCGCGCCAAGAAGAACAACGAGGACUCUCAAAAUAUUAUUCUCUCGCUCGAUCUCAGGGUGAAAGAGGCAGAAACGCGCGCCAACGAAGCAGAGGGAAAGACGAAAAAGUUGUUUGAAGAUAUAGCUGGAACGAUGAACCGUGCUCUCUCUUCCUUUCCUUCUCUCAGUCAGCUGCCUUCAACAAGCGCAACGUCUCACUCGUCUCUCUUGUUACGGAGGUCUUUUACUGUAGCACCCUCAAGAAGCCCCAGUCCGACGAAGCAUACAUCGAAGCGGCCACUUAAAGAGAACCGCACAACAGACAGACAGGCUAAGAAACACAAGUACGAGAUCCCAUCUCCCUACCGGCGUGCGAUGACGGUGGGACCUCAGCUUAGUGCCAGCCAACGGAUCGGAUUUUCGCCCCCGUAUCGUCGUGCAGUGAUUCCGAGCUCACCUGUGCCGGAUUCUGAAGAAGCUGAAUCAGAAUUUGAAACGCCGGUUUUGGCGCUUGAGUCAACGAAACUGGAACCGACCUCCAGUCCUCAGGUGAAAGGGUUCUAGACAUACACUUUUCUUUUUGUUCUCGUUCUUUCUGGAAUUCUUUGCUCGCUACCUCUCUCGAUCGACUUGGCAUUCUCUUGCGGCGCCAUGAAAGUAUUUCAAGGACUGAUGCACUAUAGAUUUUUGUCCUCGGAUGACCAACUUCCUAUAUCUAUAUCUACAUCGUUCCUGAAUUUCAGUGGCUGGUUUUCAUCUGCG